CGCAGAAGCACCGCGUCGUUGCGUGUUGUCGGUGGUGGCUUUUAGAGUCUGGGCAGACUCAUCAACAGCCAUGGCUGAAGGCGGAGAAGGGGAAGAUGAAAUUCAGUUCUUACGAACUGAUGACGAGGUGGUGCUCCAGUGUGUUGCUACCAUUCAGAAGGAGAACCGCAAAUUCUGCCUCUCUGCUGAGGGCCUCGGAAAUCGACUGUGCUACCUAGAACCAACCUCAGAAGCCAAGUAUGUUCCUCCUGAUUUGUGCAUCUGUACGUUUGUGCUGGAGCAGUCACUCUCUGUGCGGGCCCUGCAGGAAAUGCUGGCUACCGUAGUACAGAAUGGUGAAGGGAGGUUUUUAAGGCGGGCAGGGCAGGGCGGUGGACAUCGGACACUGCUGUACGGUCACGCCAUCCUACUGAGACAUUCCUUUAGUGGAAUGUACUUGGCCUGUUUAAAGACGUCACGGUCUCUGACUGAUAAGCUGUCAUUUGACGUUGGCUUACAAGAGGAAUCCACAGGGGAAGCUUGUUGGUGGACCAUCCACCCGGCCUCGAAGCAGAGGUCUGAGGGUGAGAAGGUUCGUAUUGGUGAUGAUCUCAUCUUGGUCAGUGUGUCUUCAGAGAGGUAUUUGCACCUGUCUAUCUCCAAUGGAAAUAUCCAAGUGGAUGCUUCUUUCAUGCAAACACUGUGGAAUGUGCAGCCUACCUGCUCUGGCAGCAAUGUGGCAGUGGGAUAUUUAUUGGGAGGACAAGUGAUGCGCUUGUUCCGUGGGCAUGAUGAGAGCCUCACCAUACCAGGAUCUGACAAAUCUGAAGAGCAGCAGAGGAUAGUGAACUAUGAGGCUGGGAAGGGUGGGUCCCGGGCCAGGUCUCUGUGGAGGGUGGAGCCACUUCGCAUAAGCUGGAGUGGAAGCCACAUUCGGUGGGGUCAGCCCUUCCGCUUGCGCCACCUGUCCACUGGUCAUUACCUGGGCCAGACGGAUGACCGCGGCCUGGUGCUGCUCGACAGAGAGAAGUCCGACACCACUGCUACCGCCUUCUGCUUCAGGCCAAGCAAGGAGAAAGUGGACUCUGGGCCAAAGCGGGACAUCGACGGCAUGGGGGUGGCGGAGAUCAAGUACGGCGACUCGGUCUGCUUCAUCAUGCAUGCUGCCACGGGCCUGUGGCUGUCCUACCAGGCACCCGACGCAAAAUCUUCCCGCUUGGGGCCACUGAAGAGAAGGGCCUUCCUUUACCCAGAGGGCCACAUGGACGACGGCGUCAUCCUACAGCUCUGCCAGCAUGAGGAAUCCAGAGCGGCCCGCAUCAUCCGCAACACCACACACCUUUUCACCCAGUUCAUCAGAGGCCUGGACGAACUGAAGGGUGAGAAGGCCUCUGAGGUGAAUCUGCCCGUGGUUGAGGUCCUGCAGAACCUCAACGACCUCAUUACCUACUUUCAGCAGCCCGACUCAGAACUGGAUCAUGAGGAGAAGCAGAGGCAGCUCCGCUCGCUCAUCAAACGGCAGGACCUCUUCAAAGAGGAGGGAAUGCUCACACUGCUCUCGAUCUGCAUUGACCGCCUCAACGUGUACAACAGUGCUGCAGAGUUUGAGGAGGUGGCAGGCGAGGAGGCAGGGGAGGCCUGGAAGGACAUUCUCAACCUCCUUUAUGAGCUGCUGGCUGCCCUGAUCCGAGGAAAUAGGCCCAACUGCACUCAGUUCUCCCGCAGACUGGACUGGUUGGUCAGCAAAUUGGAGCGUCUGGAGUCAUCCUCAGGCAUCCUCGAGGCACUGCACUGCAUCCUAACCGAGAGUCCCGAGGCUCUGAAUAUCAUCCAGAAGGACCACAUCAAGUCCAUCAUCUCCCUGCUCUACAAGCAUGGCCGUAACCACAAGAUUCUGGAUAUCCUCUGUUCUCUCUGCGUCUGCAAUGGAGUGGCAGUCAGAGCCAAUCAGAACUUCAUCUGUGAUCACCUGCUUCCUAGGAGGGAUCUGCUUCUCCAAACAAGAUUAGUCAAUGAUGUGCAGAGCAUGAGACCAAACAUCUACCUGGGCAUGAGUGAGGGUUCGGCUCAGUAUAAGAAGUGGUACUUUGAGCUGAUGAUUGACCAAGUGGACCACUUCAUGACUGGAGAGGCCACGCACCUCCGUGUAGGCUGGGCCACCACCAAAGGCUAUGCCCCCUACCCUGGAGGUGGUGAGGGCUGGGGAGGCAAUGGAGUGGGCGAUGAUCUCUACUCCUAUGGCUUCGAUGGGCUGCAUCUCUGGUCAGGGCGAAUCCCACGAGCUGUGGCCUCUAUUAACCAGCACCUGCUGAACCCGGAUGAUGUGGUGAGCUGCUGCCUGGACCUCGGUGCCCCCAGCAUGUCCUUUCGCAUCAAUGGGCAGCCUGUCCAGGGCAUGUUCGAGGACUUCAACACGGACGGCUUCUUCUUCCCCGUGGUCAGCUUCUCGGCAGGGGUCAAGGUUCGCUUUCUGUUGGGGGGUCGCCACGGAGACUUUAAGUUCCUGCCGCCAGCAGGCUAUGCACCCUGUUAUGAGGCCCUGCUCCCAAAAGAGAAGAUGCGUGUGGAGCCUGUGAAGGAGUAUAAGAGAGAUGCUGAGGGUGUGAGGGACCUGCUGGGGACCACCCAGUUUCUUUCUCAGGCGUCCUUCAUCCCCAUACCUGUCAAUACCAGCCAGAUUGUCCUGCCUCCACAUCUUGACAAUGUGCGUGACAAGCUGGCUGAGAACAUCCAUGAACUCUGGGGUAUGAACAAAAUUGAGCUUGGCUGGAUCUAUGGCAAGGUACGAGAUGACAACAAAAGACAGCACCCUUGCCUGGUUGACUUCUCCAAGCUGCCUGAAACUGAAAAGAAUUAUAACCUGCAGAUGUCAACAGAGACCAUAAAGACCUUACUAUCUUUGGGAUGCCAUGUUGUACAAGUCAAUGUUAAUGCUGAGGAUGAUCUGAAGAAACUGAAACUUCCCAAGGACUAUGUGAUGUCAAAUGGUUAUAAACCUUCGCCACUAGACCUUUCUGAUGUGAAACUGACAUCUGGUCAGGAGGUUCUGGUUGAUAAACUGGCUGAAAAUGCUCACAACGUUUGGGCCAAAGAUCGCAUCAAGCAAGGAUGGACCUAUGGUAUUCAGCAGGAUUUGAAAAGCAGGCGCAAUCCUCGGCUGGUGCCAUAUGCUUUGUUAGAUGAACGCACAAAGAAGUCCAACCGAGACAGUCUUCGGGAGGCCAUCCGAACACUGGUCGGCUAUGGAUACAAUAUAGACCCUCCUGACCAAGAGGCUGCCCAUGUGGUGGAGAAGCAGAGUGUUGAAAACAUUCGCUUCUUCCGUGUGGAGAAGACCUACGCAGUGCAGUCAGGGAAGUGGUAUUUUGAGUUUGAGGCUGUGACGGGAGGGGAAAUGUGUGUGGGCUGGGCCCGGCCUGGCUGCAGACCUAACGUGGAGCUAGGCAUGGAUGAUCAGGCUUACGUAUUUGAUGGUUACAGAGGCCGCCGCGUACACAUGGGCAGUCACUUUUUUGGGCGGACUUGGAACAAAGGCGAUGUGGUGGGGUGCAUGAUUAACAUGGAGGACAAAUCCAUGAUCUUCACUCUCAAUGGGGAGAUCCUCAUCACCAAUAAAGGCUCAGAGCUCUGCUUCACGGACUUUGAGACUGAAGAUGGAUUCAUCCCUGUCUGCAGCCUGGGACUUUCCCAGAUUGGCCGCAUGAACUUGGGCAAAGACGCCAGCACCUUUAAGUACUACACCAUGUGUGGCCUGCAGGAGGGCUUUGAGCCUUUUGCUGUCAACAUGAACAGAGAGGUCACCAUGUGGUUCAGCAAACGCCUUCCCACGUUUGUCAAUGUGCCAGAGGACCACGAGCACAUUGAGGUGACAAGGAUCGAUGGCACAGUGGACACCCCACCGUGUCUGAAGGUCACCCAUAAGACCUUUGGGACGCAGGCGAGCAACAGCGACAUGAUCUACUGCCGCCUGAGCAUGCCUGUAGAGUUUUAUCCAGGUCCCAGGAAAAUCACAAACAUCAAUGAGGUGAUCGCUGAUGACCAAAAAUCCAAGAAAGAUGACAGUGGAAAGAUAGAUUAUGGGAGCAUUACAAAGUAUUUCCAUUCAGUGAGAGUGUUUGCAGGCCAGGACCCUGCCUCAGUGUGGGUGGGCUGGGUCACCCCAGACUACCACUACUACAGCAAGAACUUCAAUCUCAGCAAAGUCCGCACAGUGACCGUCACUCUGGGGGAUGAGCGGGGUCGCGUGCAUGAGAGUGUGAGGAGGAGUAAUUGCUACAUGGUGUGUGUUGGAGACAUAACCAGUGGCUCUUCUGGACGCAAUAAUAUUGAUCUGGAAAUCGGUUGCCACAUUGACCUGGUGUCUGGCCUAGUCUCAUUCACUGCCAAUGGCAAGGAGCUGCCCACUGUAUAUCAGGUUGAGUCCAACACAAAACUGUUCCCUGCCGUAUUUGUUCUGCCCACAAGCCCCAACCUGUUUCAGUUUGAAUUUCCAAAGAUCCAGGACGCCAUGCCCCUGUCUUCAGCCAUCUUCAAGAGUUUGCAAAGAAACCCAGAGCCCCAGUGCCCACCACGUCUGGAUGUGCAGACCAUUGCAGCUGUUCUGUGGAGCAGGAUGCCCAACUCCUUCCUGUCAGUGGAGGCUGCCCGUGUCAGUGAGAGGCAUGGCUGGGUGGUGCAGUGUUUGGAGCCGCUGCAGAUGAUGGCAGUACACAUUCCUGAAGAAAACAGGUGCAUAGACAUCAUGGAGCUAUCAGAGAACGAAGGCCUGCGGCAAUUCCACUACCAUACCCUCAAGCUCUACUGUGCCUUGUGUGCUCUGGGAAACACUCGUGUGGCCCAUGCCCUCUGCAGCCACCUUGACCAAUCACAGCUCCUCUACACCAUUGACAACCAGUACCUGUCUGGGCAGCUGCGGGAGGGCUUCUAUAACAUGCUUAUCAGCAUCCACCUGGAGACAGCCAAGGAGGCACGCCUCAUGAUGAAGGACGAGUUCAUCAUCCCCAUCACAGACGAGACUUGUGGCAUCCGGCUCUUCUGUGAUGACAACAAGCGUCACUCACUCCCGGGUGUGGGUCUGAGCACGUCACUCGUGCCCCAUCUCAACUUCGCUCCACAGUGCUUCAUCAGAACCAAACGGGAGUUCCGCUACAGCCCUGAGAUCCCACUGGGCAUCCUCAAGGAGAAGGCCAUCAGCAUGCUCACGGAGGCAGUGCAGGGCGGCGGCACCCACAUCCGUGACCCCGUAGGGGGCAGCGUGGAGUACCAGUUUGUUCCCAUCCUCAAACUGAUCGACACGCUGCUGAUCAUGGGAGCGUUGAGCAGUGAAGAGGUCCGUCUCAUCCUGCUCCUCAUCGAGCCCAACGUGUUUGGGGAUGGCAAGGAGGAAGAGGUGCAGCCGGCAGCGGUGCAGGAGGUGGUGGAGAAGGAGAAAGAGGAGGCAAGCUGUAAUGAGGAGAAGGCUGUAGAGGCAGGGGAGGAAGAGACCAAGGAGCCAAAGCAGCCACCCAAGGGACUUCUGCAGAAGAGCCUGCCGGAGUCUGUCAAACGUCAGAUGUGUGAACUACUGCACUAUUUCUGCGACUGUGAGCUGAAACAGCGCAUCGAGGCCAUUGUUGCCUUCUCUGAUGGCUUUGUGGCCAAACUGCAGUACAACCAGAAAUUCCGCUACAAUGAACUCAUGCAAGCCCUCAACAUGUCUGCCGCUGUCACAGCAAAGAAGACUAAGGAAUUCCGUUCUCCUCCCCAAGAGCAGAUUAACAUGCUGCUGAACUUCAGUGCUGGGGAUGACUGCCCCUGCCCUGAGGAGAUCCAAGAAGAGCUUCACACCUUCCACGAUGACCUGAGACUGCACUGUGGAAUUCCCAUGGAGGAGGAAGAGGAGGAGCAGGAUACAUCUAUCAAGGGUCGUCUGCUCACCCUCUUAUACAAAAUCAAAGGGCGUCCACAGAAAACUGAGGAACAACCAUCAGAGCAAGAGCAGGCAGCUCCAACCAACCUGAAGGAGCUGAUCUCCCAGACGAUGGUGAGCUGGGCGCAGGAGUGUAGCAUCCAGGAUCCGGAGCUGGUGCGCAGCAUGUUCAGCCUGCUGCGCCGGCAGUAUGAUGGCAUCGGCGAGCUCCUGCGCGCCAUGCGCAAGAGCUACACCAUCAGUGCCAGGUCCGUGCAGGAUGCCAUCCACCUGCUGGCCUCACUGGGCCAGAUUCGCUCAUUGCUCAGCGUGCGCAUGGGUGAGGAGGAGGGACAGCUCAUGAUCGAUGGACUGGGGGACAUCAUGAACAACAAAGUGUUCUAUCAGCAUCCAAAUCUGAUGCGUGUUCUGGGCAUGCAUGAGACCGUCAUGCAGGUCAUGGUGAACGUACUCGGGGGUGACAAGUCUAAGGAGGUUGCAUUCCCUAAAAUGGUCGCCAGUUGCUGCCGUUUCCUGUGUUACUUCUGCCGUAUCAGCCGUGAGAAUCAGAAAGCCAUGUUUGAGCACCUGAGCUAUCUAUUAGAGAACAGCAGCGUGGGACUGGCUUGUCCGGCCAUGAGGGGCUCGACUCCACUGGACGUGGCUGCUUCGUCAGUGAUGGACAACAAUAGUCUGGCCCUGGCUUUAGAGGAGCCAGACCUGGAAAAGGUAGUGACAUACUUGGCUGGUUGUGGACUGCAGAGCUGCCCGAUGCUGAUAGUCAAAGGAUACCCUGACAUCGGAUGGAACCCCAUCGAAGGAGAGCGCUAUCUGUCCUUCCUCCGAUUUGCUGUCUUUGUCAAUGGUGAGAGUGUGGAGGAGAACGCCAAUGUGGUGGUAAAACUGCUCAUCAGGCGUCCCGAGUGCUUCGGCCCAGCUCUGAGAGGAGAGGGGGGCCAGGGCCUACUGGCUGCCAUGCAGGAGGCUAUUAAAAUCUCUGAGGAUCCCACCCUGGACCUGCCCAGCCUUCCUGAGGGAGGAGUAUCUGCGGCUGGAGAGGAAGGUGAGGAGGAGGAGAUGGCACACAUGGGCAACUCCAUUAUGUCCUUCUACUCAGCUCUCAUUGACCUGCUGGGACGAUGCGCCCCAGAGAUGCAUUUAAUCAACGCAGGGAAGGGUGAAGCUCUGCGUAUCCGUGCCAUUCUACGCUCUCUGGUGCCCACCAAAGACCUGGUGGGCAUCAUCAGCAUACCUCUCAAACUGCCAGUGGUCAACAAAGAUGGCAGCGUGACGGAGCCAGACAUGAAUGCUAGCUUCUGUCCCGAGCACAAGGCGCCUAUGGUGCUCUUCCUGGACCGCGUCUAUGGUAUCGAGGACCAAAGCUUCCUGUUGAACCUGCUGGAGGUGGGCUUCCUGCCUGACCUGCGUGCCUCCGCCUCGUUGGACACGGAGGUGCUAAGCACCACAGAGACAGCCCUGGCCAUGAACCGGUACAUUGGCUCAGCUGUGCUCCCACUGCUGACCCGCUGCGCCUCUCUCUUCACCCAUACUGAGCACUAUGCCAUGCUCGUGGACUCCACCCUCCACACUAUCUACAGGCUGUCCAAGGGCCGUUCGCUUACCAAGGCCCAGAGGGACUCCAUCGAGGAGUGCUUGCUUGCCAUCUGCAGGCACCUGCGGCCCUCCAUGCUCCAGCAACUCCUGCGUCGCCUGGUCUUUGAUGUGCCACAGCUCACAGAGUACUGCAAAAUGCCCAUCAAGCUUUUGACCAAUCACUAUGAGCAGAAUUGGAAAUAUUACUGCCUGCCUUCAGGCCUGGGCAGCUAUGGCAUGGCCUCUGAGGAGGAGCUCCACCUCACAAAAAAACUUUUCUGGGGCCUUUUCGACGCACUCUCUCAGAAGAAAUAUGAUGCAGAGCUGUUCAAGAUGGCCAUGCCUUGCCUGAGUGCCAUAGCUGGAGCCCUCCCACCUGACUAUGUAGACAUGAGUCCAGGCUCUACUCUGGUUAAGCAGGUCUCUGUGGACGCUGAGGGCAACUUUGACCCCAAGCCCAUCAGCACAGCCAACAUCUCCCUGCCUGAAAAACUGGAUUACAUUUCUAACAAGUAUGCUGAGCACUGCCACGAGAAAUGGUCACAAGAAAAGCUUGCACUAGGCUGGACAGCAGGGGAGAAGGUGGAUGACCAAGCCAAAACCCACCCUCUACUGAAACCGUACAAAGCACUCAGUGAAAAGGAAAGGGAGACCUACCGAUACCCGAUCAAGGAGUCCCUGAAGAGCAUGCUGGCAUUAGGCUGGAACAUUGAGAGGACCAAAGAGGGAGAGGCCAUGUUCCAUCAGCGGGAGACAGAGAAACAGCACAAGAUCUCAGAGUCUUCGCAGGGAGAUGGAUUUACUCCAACUCCUGUGGAUUUAGAUAACGUAAUCCUCUCGAGAGAGUUACAGGGCAUGGUAGAGAUUGUAGCAGAGAAUUACCACAAUAUUUGGGCAAAGAAGAAGAAACUGGAACUAAAUAGCAAAGGAGGUGGAACUCACCCACUGCUGGUGCCAUAUGACACUCUGACAGCUAAAGAAAAGUUCAGAGACCGGGAGAAGGCUCAGGAGCUCUUUAAAUUUCUGCAACUCAAUGGAUAUGCAAUAAGAAGAGGACUGAAGGAUAUGGAACAGGAUUCCUCGUCUAUGGAAAAGAGGAUUGCCUACAAGUUCCUUAAGCGGCUGCUAGGUUAUGUAGAUUCUGCCCAGGAAUUCAUAGCCCAUCUUGAGGCGAUGGCAACCAGUGGGAAAACAGACAAAUCUCCUCAUGAACAAGAGAUUAAGUUCUUUGCAAAGGUCCUGCUGCCUUUGAUUGAUCAGUACUUUAAGAACCACUGCCUGUACUUCCUGUCCUCUCCCAGUAUUAACCUGAGCAGCAGUGGGUAUGCCUCCAACAAAGAGAAGGAGAUGAUUACCAGUCUCUUCUGUAAGUUGGCCUCUCUUGUCAGACACAGAAUUUCUCUCUUUGGGAGUGACUCUGCCACAAUGGUGAGCUGUCUACACAUCUUGGCACAUUCACUGGACUUCAGGACAGUGAUGAAGUCUGGCUCAGAGCUCGUGAAGGCUGGAGUCAGGACAUUCUUUGAGAAUGCAGCAGAAGACCUGGAGAAGACCGUGGAGAACCUGAAGUUGGGCAAAUUGGGCCAGUCGCGCACACAGAUGAAAGGAGUAGCUCAGAUCAUCAACUACACCUCAGUGGCCCUGCUUCCCAUUCUUACAGCUCUCUUCCAGCACAUCACCCAGCACCAGUUUGGGGUGGACCUGCUGCUGGAUGAUGUUCAACUGUCAUGCUAUCGCAUUCUGACCAGCCUCUACUCUCUGGGAACCGGCAAGAACAUCUAUGUUGAAAAACAGCUUCCUGCACUGGGUGAGUGCUUGGCCACCCUGGUGGGAGCCAUGCCAGUAGCCUUCCUGGAACCUCAUCUGAACAUGCACAACCCUUGCUCUGUCUUCAACACUAAGACAUCUCGAGAGAGAGCAAUUCUGAGCAUGCCCGACACGGUGGAGGAGAUGUGUCCUGAAAUGCCCCGCCUGGAUGGCCUGAUGAAGGACAUUCAUGAUGUCUCUGAGUCUGGGGCACGCUACACUGAAAUGCCACACGUCAUUGAGGUCAUCCUGCCUAUGCUGUGUAAUUAUCUUUCUUACUGGUGGGCUAAAGGCCCUGAGAACACAGUGGAUGGUGUAAGCUGCUGUACCACGGUCACGUCUGAGCACCUCAGCCUCAUCCUUGGCAACAUUGUUAAAAUUCUCAACAACAACCUGGGCAUCGAUGAAGCUUCCUGGAUGAAGCGGAUUGCAGUGUACACCCAGCCAAUAAUUAGCAAGGCGGGCGUGGACCUUCUACGAAGCCACUUCCUUCCCACACUGGAGAAGCUGAAGAAGAAGACAGUAAAGGUGGCUGCUGAAGAGGAGCUGCUGAGGGCAGAUAGCAGGGCUGAUACCCAGGAGGCCGAGCUGCAGAUUCUGGAUGAGUUUGCUGUCCUCUGCAGGGACUUAUAUGCCUUUUAUCCAAUGCUAAUCCGCUAUGUGGACAACCACAGGUCAAAAUGGCUGAAGAACCCUGAUGCUGAUUCAACAGAGCUCUUCAAAAUGGUGUCAGAGAUUUUCAUCCUCUGGUGUAAAUCUCAUAAUUUCAAAAGGGAAGAGCAAAACUUUGUGGUGCAAAAUGAAAUCAGCAAUCUAGCCUUCCUCACUGGGGAUUGCAAGACCAAAAUGUCAAAGUCAGGAGGCCAGGACCAGGAGAGGAGAGGGAAGAAGAAGAGAAGAGAACUGUACUCUGUUCAGACGUCCCUGAUUGUAGCAGCCCACAAGAAGAUGCUGCCCAUCGGCCUGAACAUGUGCACCCCUGGAGACCAGGAGCUUAUCUCUCUGGCCAAGAUCCGCUACAGUCUGAAAGAUACCGAUGAGGAGGUAAAGGAUCACCUGAGGCAGAACCUCCAUCUUCAGGAGAAGACGGAAGACCCAGCGGUUCAGUGGCAGCUGAAUCUCUACAGGGAUGUGGUGGUAAAGAGUGGUGCUCCAGAUCCAGAACGCUCACUUGAGAGGCUCCAGCGCAUCUCAGCCGCCGUCUUCCACCUGGAGCAGGUGGAGCAGCCACUGAGAAAUAAGAAGUUGGUAUGGCAGAAGCUGUUGUCCAAACAGCGCAAGCGUGCUGUGGUUGCCUGCUUUCGUAUGGCGCCAUUAUAUAACCUCCCUAGGCAUCGCUCUAUUAACCUCUUCCUCACGGGCUAUCAGAAACUCUGGAUAGUAGCAGAGGAGUACUCCUUUGAGGAGAAGCUAGUGCAGGACCUGGCAGUAAGUAUCGGGCUGGCCCUGGUGCUGCCCUGUGUGCCGUGUGUGCCCGCUGGCGUCCUGUCUGUCGCUGUUUGCCCCGCGGCCAGCACCUUGCCCACCGAAAAGCGGGAACGCAUCCCUGCCCGCCUCGUGUCCGCAUCCUGGCCCGUGUUUGGCUCCUCUGGUUGCGUGGCGUACUACAGACAGAGGUGCAGCAGACAGGCCCUGCAUGAGUUUCGCCUGAGCCUCCGGCCCCACCACCUCUCUAGAGCAGUCUGUCUCAGCUCAGCCAUGAAAACCCCCAUGGUUGUGGAAAAGGACGAGGAAGAGACAGAGGCCGAGGUUCAGCCUGACCCUCUAAACCAGCUCAUCCUCCAUUUUAGCCAUAAUGCCCUCACGGAGAGAAGUUUCCUGGAGGAAGAUCCCUUGUAUAUUGCAUAUGCAGAUAUGAUGGCAAAGAGCUGUGCCGAAGAUGAAGAGGAGGAAGAGGAAGGAAAGGAAAAAACAUUUGAAGAGAAAGAGAUGGAGAAGCAGAAGACCUUGUACCAGCAGGCCAGGCUGCAUGCCAGAGGAGCAGCGGAGAUGGUGCUGCAGAUGAUCAGUGCCAGCAAGGGUCGACUAGGCCCCAUGGUGACUUGCACUCUAAAACUGGGAAUUUCUAUUCUCAAUGGAGGCAAUGUGGCUGUUCAGCAGAAAAUGCUGGACUACCUGAAAGAAAAAAGAGAUGCUGGGUUUUUCAAAAGUUUAUCUGGACUAAUGCAGUCUUGCAGUGUACUGGACUUGAAUGCAUUUGAGAGACAAAAAAAGGCAGAGAGCCUUGGAAUGGUGACUGAAGAAGGAUCGGUCAACGUGAGUGAGCGGGGUUCCAAAGUACUACAAAAUGAUGAAUUUACGAAGGAUUUAUUUAGGUUUUUGCAGCUUCUGUGUGAGGGCCACAAUAAUGAUUUCCAAAACUUCCUGAGAACUCAGACAGGAAAUACAACUACCGUCAACAUUAUUAUUAGCACAGUGGACUACCUGCUGCGCUUACAGGAAUCUAUAAGUGAUUUCUACUGGUAUUAUUCUGGAAAAGACGUCAUGGAUGAGCACGGACAGCUUAAUUUCUCCAAAGCUUUGGAAGUGGCUAAACAGAUCUUCAACUCACUCACUGAGUACAUUCAGGGGCCUUGUAUUGGGAAUCAACAAAGUCUGGCUCAUAGCAGGUUGUGGGAUGCUGUGGUUGGAUUUUUGCAUGUCUUUGCUAACAUGCAAAUGAAAUUAUCACAGGAUUCUAGCCAGAUUGAGCUACUAAAGGAAUUGCUAGAUUUGCAGAAGGAUAUGGUGGUCAUGAUGUUAUCUCUUUUGGAGGGUAAUGUGGUGAAUGGUACAAUUGGUAAGCAGAUGGUUGACACAUUAGUGGAAUCCUCAAGCAAUGUGGAAAUGAUCCUCAAGUUCUUUGACAUGUUCCUGAAAUUGAAGGAUCUUACUACCUCUGACAACUUUAAAGAAUAUGAUCCUGAAGGGAAAGGAAUUAUUUCUAAGAAGGAGUUCCAGAAGUCUAUGGAGAGUCAAAAGCAAUACACACAGUCGGAGAUUGAGUUUCUUCUUUCUUGUGCUGAGGCCGAUGAAAAUGACAUGUUCAACUAUGUGGAAUUUGUUGAACGCUUCCAUGAGCCUGCUAAGGAUAUUGGCUUCAAUAUGGCUGUACUGCUAACCAACCUGUCUGAGCACAUGCCACAUGACUCACGUCUAGCUACCUUCCUAGACCUAGCUGAGAGUGUGCUCAGUUAUUUUGAGCCGUACUUGGGCCGCAUCGAGAUCAUGGGUGGUGCCAAGCGAAUUGAACGAGUCUACUUUGAGAUUAGCGAAUCCAGCAGAGAACAGUGGGAGAAGCCUCAGGUGAAGGAGUCCAAACGGCAGUUUAUCUUCGAUGUGGUCAACGAGGGAGGUGAGAGUGAGAAAAUGGAGCUAUUUGUGAACUUUUGCGAGGACACAAUCUUUGAGAUGCAGCUGGCUUCCCAGAUAUCCGAACCAGACACAGCAGAACGACCUGAAGAAGAAGACGAAGAGGAGCUCCAGAGUCUGUUAGAGGAACUGGCCGAGGGAGAAGAUGGCUCCCAUGAGUCAGCUUCGGCCUUCACUGUUGCCUGCACCUCUGUUAAGAAGAAAAUGUCCAAUUGCCGCCAAAUGCUAACCUUCAAGAACAUGCGUAAACAAUUUAAGAAGUUAAAGAAGCUGACCAUCAAAGAAAUAAUCAUAGGGUUCUUCUCCUUAUUCUGGAUGCUCUUCACUGGGUUCUUCAAAAGCAUUUUCAGUUUAAUCUUUGGAUUCUUCCAUAUCAUAUGGUCAUCUAUGUUUGGUGGCGGGCUUGUUGAGGGGGCUAAAAACAUGAAGGUAACAGAUAUCUUGGGCAACAUGCCUGAUCCCACACAGUUUGGAAUCCAUGGCGAUGUGAUGGAACCAGAAAAAGCUGAGAGUGGUGAUUUAGUUGUGUCUAUGGAAAUGGUUCAAAUGACUGCUGCAGGGGAAAAACUGGAGCCUGAUGCCAUCAUAGAUCUCAUAAGUCCACCCACAAAAAGAGAGGGAAAGCAUGGAUCUGAGCCUGGAUUGGGAGAUGUCUCAGAGAUUAAGACAGAAGCCAGUCCUCCCAUCGAAAAAAAGAAAAGUCAGAAAGUGGCUACAGAGGAGUCAGAACCUGAGAAAGCAGACACAGAAAAUCGUGAAAAGGAGGAUAUGGCCAAAGAGGAAAAGCCUGAAGAGCCUGUAGCAGAGGAGAAGCCAGCUCCAAGAAAACAGCAUGGCGCUCCAAAGGAGCAGCCUCCAGCAUUAAUGGCCAGUGUCUUUGCUGGUCUAGAAGUCUAUAAGACAAAGAUGCUGAACUACUUGGCUCGAAAUUUCUACAACCUUCGUUUGCUUGCAUUGUUUGUGGCAUUUGCAAUCAACUUCAUCCUACUCUUCUACAAGGUGACUGGUGAAGCUGAUGAUGAAGAAGAGGAAGGGCUUUGGGGUGGAGAUGAUGAUGAUGAUGAUGAUGAAGGUGGAAUGGAGUUCUAUGUACUCCAGGAGAACACUGGCUAUAUGGCACCCACUCUGACUUUCUUGGCUAUACUACAUACCAUAAUUUCCCUCCUAUGUGUGGUGGGAUAUUACUGCCUCAAGGUUCCUUUAGUGGUGUUCAAGCGAGAGAAAGAGAUUGCAAGGAAACUUGAAUUUGAUGGCUUAUAUAUCACUGAACAGCCUUCUGAGGACGACAUCAAAGGACAGUGGGACCGUUUGGUUAUUGCUACUCCAUCAUUUCCUAAUAAUUAUUGGGACAAAUUUGUCAAGAGGAAGGUCAUCAAUAAAUAUGGGGAUUUGUAUGGUGCAGAGCGCAUUGCUGAGCUCCUUGGACUGGAUAAGAGUGCACUUGACUUCGACCCCACUGAGGAAGCUGUGGUAAAGGAAGCCUCUUUGGUGUCCUGGUUGAGCUCUAUUGACACCAAGUACUACAUCUGGAAAAUGGGAGUUGUCCUGACUGACAAUUCUUUCCUCUACCUGAUCUGGUACACCACCAUGUCUAUACUGGGACAUUACAAUAACUUCUUCUUUGCUGCUCACUUGUUGGAUAUUGCUAUGGGCUUCAAGACGCUGAGAACCAUCUUGUCCUCUGUAACUCAUAAUGGCAAGCAGCUGGUGUUGACUGUGGGUCUGCUAGCAGUUGUUGUCUAUUUAUACACUGUGGUGGCUUUCAACUUCUUCCGCAAGUUCUACAACAAGAGUGAGAAUGAGGAUGAGCCUGACAUGAAGUGUGACGAUAUGAUGACUUGCUACCUAUUCCACAUGUAUGUGGGUGUUAGAGCUGGUGGGGGCAUUGGUGAUGAGAUUGAGGACCCAGCUGGGGACCCUUACGAGAUUUACCGCAUUCUCUUCGACAUCACUUUCUUCUUCUUUGUCAUCGUCAUCCUGCUGGCAAUCAUUCAGGGUUUAAUCAUUGAUGCCUUUGGGGAGUUGAGAGACCAACAGGAGCAAGUGAAGGAGGACAUGGAGACAAAAUGUUUCAUCUGUGGGAUUGGGAAUGACUACUUUGACACCACACCCCAUGGUUUUGAGACCCAUACCUUACAAGAGCACAACCUAGCCAACUAUCUAUUCUUCCUGAUGUAUCUCAUUAACAAAGAUGAGACUGAACAUACAGGCCAGGAGUCAUAUGUGUGGAAGAUGUAUCAAGAAAGGUGCUGGGACUUCUUCCCUGCUGGAGACUGCUUCCGCAAGCAAUAUGAGGACCAGCUGGGCUAGGGGGAGCUUUGGUACCCUCUGUCUGAACUUGAAUGAGACUACAAUCUCCAAGUUAAAUAAGAACCUGAAACUAGCGCUGAUUCACAUGCUGCUGACAAGUCCUCCCAAUUAUUUAAAAGUACUGCUUCUGUAACAAGAGAUUACACAACAAGAGACCAAGAACUUCAAAAUGUGAAUGCAAAAUAAUGAGGGGAAAAAAAUGUAAAGAAAAAAAGGAAACAAGAAAAACAGAAACGCAACAAUGCACAAACAAUGCCAAAUUCCAACAUGCCAAAACAUUAUGUAUGAUCUUUUAAAGAACGCAGUGGAUGUUUUGAUGCUCUAUUGCCUUUUUAUCUGCUGGAACUUACACACAUUGCACAGUGGGCUGUGUGAACACACAUCAACAUGGCACUUCAUCCAAAAUAUUGACAAUAAUUAAACCUGGCUCAUAAUGACUGGAAGCUGGGUAGGACCGGUCAGCAUAAUCAUUAACAGCAAGGUUAGUAUUUUUGAGUGAAGUAUUGUUUCAAACUUGAGUUAGACAUGCUGAGUGAAUGUCUGAAAAAGAUGCACAAAAUUAUUUACGUAGUAUUCAAUGAGUGCUAAAGAUUUAAGCUCAUCUUAUAACAAAAUUAUGCAGGACAUGCAGUUUAUUUUAAUAUGGAAAACUAUCAGAAUGAAGAGCAGUUACUGCAGAAUAUGGAUCCUUGAUUACAUUAUUUAGUUUAGGAAGAGUCAGAGUGCCUUAUGACAAGAACUAUGCAAAUAAUUUUGUCCCUCCUCAUGUGUAGCAAAUCUAUACUUUAGAAGGACUCAAACAGGCAAUCUUACCUAGGUUAGUUUUGUGGCUUUUGUUCAAGUUGUUUUGAGUGUGAAGUACAUCUGCUGUUUUCUUUGGUUCUUUUUAAUUCAAAACAUGCUUGGCCAUUACAGCUCCCAUGGUGUUAUAGGAAAUCAAUAGGAGAAUCCAAAGUUAAAGUAAAAAAUUUGUUGAAUAUGUAUGUAUGUAGAAGCUUUGCUGAACUGUAUUUAUUUGGGGAGGGGGAAAAAGACAAUAAAGUAAUCAAUGCAAUAAA